UUUUUUUCUUCCUCUUCCCCAGAAGGAAAGAAAACCCUGCUGAGAUUCUCAGAUGGCUUAGAAAAAUUUAAUAUUAAUCUGUGAAAAGAUGAAGUCGACCAGUUCUUGAUUUCCCUCCCCUCCCCAACCCACUCCUGAGGUUGAGCUGAAAGGACCCGUUUCCUGGAGGACCUGGAGAACAGACACAUUUCUGGUGGUGUAGAAGGGACUGAUGACAAUGCUUCAGAGUGUAGCGGAGACGCAGGAAAGAUGUUCAACCUGUUAACAAAAAAAUAAGCAGAGGGGAAAUACCAACGGAAAGGAAAGAAAUUAUAUAUAUAUCCACAAAUAUAUAUAUAUAUAUACAACUUAGAAAUAUUCCCCAGGUGGCCACAAAGCAUGGGCUGUGCUCCAAGCAUCCACAUCUCUGACAGCAGAGUGGUCUAUCACAGUAGCAAAGAGUCCGAGGAGUGCAAUUCUCCUCACCAGACCAACACAACCAUGUCUCAACAGCAGCAAGGCAACCCCGUCCCAGGAUUAUUCAUUAAAUCCUCCAACACAUCCACUUAUAAGGUGAGGACUAAUUCCUCUAAGAAAGACAAGAGAGAGAACAGCCAGAGCAUGGAGGCAGAGACUCAGACCAGCAGAUCCAGUGUUAAGGCACCAGUUACAGAUGUGCAGUUUGGCCCUAUGAGACUUCAUCAAGAUCAACUUCAGGUACUUUUAGUGUUUGCCAAAGAAGAUAACCAGAGUAAUGGGUUCUGCUGGGCAUGUGAGAAAGCUGGAUUUCGGUGUAAUAUUGCCAGGACACCUGAAUCUGCACUAGAAAGUUUUCUGGAGAAACACCAUGAAAUUAUCAUUAUUGACCAUAGACAUUCCAGAUACUUUGAUGCAGAAUCGUUAUGCAGGUCUAUCAGAGCAACUGAAGUCUCAGAAAAUACAGUCAUUAUUGGUGUAGUUCGAAGGCACAGCGAUCGUGAAGAGAUAUCAAUAUUGCCCCUGAUCAAUGCUGGCUUCACAAGGCGAUAUGUAGAAAAUUCUAAUGCAAUGGCCUGUUACAAUGAGCUGAUUCAGCUGGAACAUGGAGAAGUGCGGGCACAAUUCAAACUGAGGGCUUGUAAUUCAUUAUUUACAGCAUUAGAGAAAAGUCAAGAAGCCAUUGAGAUCACAAGUGAAGACCAUGUAAUACAGUACCUCAAUCCUGCAUUUGAAACAGUGAUGGGCUAUCAAAUAGGUGAAUUAAUAGGAAAGGAAUUAAAUGAAGUGCCUGUAAAUGAAAAAAAAGCUGAUUUCCUAGAUACUAUUAAUUCCUGCAUAAAGAUAGGAAAGGAAUGGCAAGGAAUGUACUAUGUGAAAAAGAAAAAUGGAGACAGCGUACAGCAAAAUGUGAAGAUAAUACCUGUCAUUGGACAGGGAGGGAAGAUUAGACACUAUGUGUCAAUUAGUAGACUGUGCAAUGACAACAAUAAGGCAGAAAAAACAUGUGAACGUGUUCAGGCUGAAUCUCAGACAGAUAUUCAGACUUGCAGACACAAAGACAGGAGGAAAGGAUCACUGGAUGUCAGAUCCACAACCUCACGAGGGAGUGAUGGCAGCUGCCAGCGGCGACACUCCUCCAUGGCCCGCAUACAUUCCAUGACCAUCGARGCGCCCAUCACCAAGGUAAUAAACAUCAUCAAUGCUGCACAAGAAAGCAGUCCCGUGCCCGUGGCAGAAGCUUUAGACCGGGUUUUGGAGAUUUUAAGAACCACUGAGCUGUACUCUCCACAACUGGGGACAAAAGAUGAAGAUCCACAUACAAGUGACCUCGUUGGAGGGCUAAUGACAGAUGGUUUACGGCGAUUAUCAGGGAAUGAAUACUUAUUAUCAGCAAAACAAACUCAUCAGGUUGCAAGCAGUUUGAUCUCUCCCAUCUCCCUCAACGACAUACCCCCACGGAUAACACAGGCAAUGGAAAAAGAAGAGCACUGGGAUUUUGAUAUCUUUGAACUUGAGGCUGCCACCCAUAAAAGACCUUUGGUUUAUCUGGGUCUCAAAAUAUUUGCUCGCUUUGGAAUCUGUGAAUUCCUAGACUGUCCUGAAUCAACUCUGAGGUCGUGGUUACAAGUUAUUGAAGCUAACUACCAUUCCUCCAACUCCUACCAUAAUUCUACACAUUCUGCUGAUGUGCUACAUGCCACUGCUUACUUCUUGUCUAAAGAAAGAGUAAAGCAAACUUUGGAUCCAAUUGAUGAGGUUGCCGCUCUCAUCGCUGCCACAGUCCAUGACGUGGAUCACCCAGGAAGAACAAAUUCUUUCCUGUGCAAUGCUGGCAGCGAGCUGGCAAUUCUCUACAACGACACCGCAGUGCUGGAGAGCCAUCACGCCGCGCUGGCAUUCCAGCUCACCACCCGGGAUGACAAAUGCAAUAUAUUUAAAAACAUGGAAAGGAAUGAGUAUCGAACCCUUCGCCAAGCCAUUAUUGACAUGGUCUUAGCAACAGAAAUGACGAAGCACUUUGAGCACGUCAACAAGUUUGUCAACAGCAUUAACAAACCCUUGGCAGCGCUAGAAGAAAAUGGGAAUAACAGUGAUGGGGAGUCGGUCAAAAACGUUCUCACAUCUCCUGAAAACCGUAUCCUCAUCAAACGUAUGUUGAUAAAGUGUGCGGACAUCUCCAAUCCCUGCAGACCMCUGCCGCAGUGCAUCGAGUGGGCCGGGCGCAUCUCUGAGGAGUACUUUGCACAGACUGAUGAAGAAAAGAGGCAAAGCUUACCUGUGGUGAUGCCAGUUUUUGACAGAAAUACUUGUAGCAUCCCCAAAUCCCAAAUAUCAUUCAUUGAUUACUUCAUCACCGAUAUGUUUGAUGCCUGGGAUGCAUUUGCAGACCUGCCAAAUUUGAUGCAGCAUCUGGAUAAUAACUUUAAAUACUGGAAAGGACUAGAUGAAAGGAAGCUGCGGAGCCUCCGACCACCACCAGAAUAGCAAUUAGGCCAUGUAUUACAGUAAGGCUAGAGCUCAUGCACGGGGGGAGCUUUCAGAUUUGAGCGGACACGAGGUCAGCAGUUGACUCCCCCAAGCUACAYGUGUGGACUCCAACAAAACUGACCUGUGGAGUGGAACUGCGCUGGAUGCUGCAGCACUUGGACUGAAGAGGGGCUGUUAGUGAACAUAGUUUUGCAUUAUCUCUGCACCAGUGUGUGAAGCUGGAAGACCUUGAAGAAUCCUCAUAAAAAGAACAUUCACUAGAAGAUUUUGCUUAAUCCUCAAUUCUGCAAGAGAAAUAAAGAAAUAUCUAUUAAUAGUGACUCUCAGCUUUUAUUGGAAAGCUACAUGCUUUUUAUAAGCACUUAAGACAGUUACAUAGAACAAUCAGACAUUUAAAAUGCAAGUCUCCAUGAAGGAAUUUUUGAUCUAUGAAAAAUAGAUCUACUCUAUUUUUUCACAUCACAGAAGGUGCAAUCAUUCACUUCUGAGCACUACUGAAAGUGAGUUCUCUUUAAGAAAUUUAGUAGCAAAUGUAAAAAAUAACACAAGAUUUUUUGAGGUUGAUCGUUAGCAUCUAUGAUUAAAAUGUUUUAUUUAUUUUGUUAGAUGUUCAAUAUUUUCUAUGAAUUUAUAAAUACUUAAAAGCCAAAGCCAACUUUAGAUGCAUUACAAAUUUACAUGAUUCAUACUCAUUAAUAUACAUUUAAUUGAUGUACAGACCUUUUAUUUUCAUAAUGCAAAUACAAAAUAUUAUACAAUGAUACAUUUUUAUUGCACUGUAAGGAUAGAUGUGUAUGUUUAAAUAUUGUCUGAUUUAUGUUAAUUAAAAUAAGUUUUAUUGAAAAGGUCUCACUUGAGAACRGUAAAUAAACAAGACAUGUAUACUGUCUGAGCACCAGAACARCAGGCAGUAGCGCUCUCUCAAACCAGUGACGAUCACCUGAUCUUCCCCUGGCUACAAAUGU